CAUAUAAGUAUAAUUAUAAAUUAAUAAAUCACCGCGGAUUACAAAUAAAUCGGAUGCUAUACACAGUUAAGUGUGGGAGGAACAAUAUGUAGUAAAUAUCUAUAAUUCAUGGUGCGUGCUACAACCUGUCUACGUAAUGUCUAUUAUUUAAGCAAUGGCUGAAUACAGUGACCUAUCUACAAAAAUGACUAUACAAUUCAAGAUAAGUUUUAUUAUACAUGUAUUGUAUUUGGUCCAUCUGUUAUAUAUAUGAAAUUAUUUUAACAACAACAAACAUUCAAUUGCGUUACCUAUGUUGAACAAACCUGAUAUCUAAUAUAUGUAUAAACAUGUAUUGCAAACGCAACAGUUAUUUUAAAUAAAAUAGAAACAUGGACACACACGCUAUGUUCAGACAAAAUGGGUGUGCAUAAGGAUGUUAAUAUCGAUACAAUCUUCACAAUGGGUAAUGAAUACAUAAGGAUGUAAAUGACGAUCACAUUUUGCUACUGUCGGAUGUAUUGACUGAAGAAGAUCACUUCAAUGUUACUGCAACAGGAAUUGGCAACUUUGUUAUGUUACUUAUAAAAUGUAUCGGACUGAUCCUAAUCGUAUUUCUCAGCAUACGGAACAUACCGAACAGCCAUGACGAAGGCAGUUUUAAGAACUGUGUGCGUCGUUGCGCUUGUUCAUGUUAAAGGAAGCGACGGGUGUUCCAACGUAACCAUCAUACCAAGAGCGGAUUGGGGCGCACGUUCCACGAUCGAGGUCUCCUUCGACGAUAUCUGUUCCUGUGGGGAUGUUUUUCAUUCACCAUACAGUCUCAAGGGCAUGCACCACUAAGGCGCGAUGCAUUGGAAUUGUGCGGGGAAUCCAAAAUGAUCACAUCGAUCACAGAGGCUUUGACGAUAUCGGUUACAGUUUCCUCGUUGGCGGGGAUGGCAACGUCUACGAGGGACGGGGCUGGAGUAACGUUGGGGCUCAUACCGAGAAUUUUAACAGUCGCUCGUUUGCUGCAGCAAUGAUCGGAAACUUUGAGGCUACAUUGCCGAACGCAAAGGCUGUCACAGCGGUGAAGAAUCUGAUCGCGUUCGGAGUCCAUCUAGGCAAGAUCGCCAGAAGUUACCGUCUGCAUGGUCACCGAGACGUUAAAGUGACCGCGUGUCCCGGGACAAAUUUUUAUAAUCUUGUUAAGACGUGGCCUAACUAUCGUCGAUAUGAACCUUGAACCUGGCUUACUACCGUCGAUAUGAACCUUGAGCAUGGCCUAACAACAUUCGAUAUGAACCUUGAACCUGAUAUAACUACCGUCGUUAUCAACCUUGAACCUUGACCUAACUACCGUCGAUAUCAUCUUUAAGCCUCAUACAACUAUCGUCGAUAUGAACCACGAACCUGAUUAAACUACCAACAAGAUGAACAUUUAACCUGGCCUCUCUACCGUCGAUGUGAACCUUUAACCUGGCCUAGCUAACUACCGUCGAAAUAAACCUUGAACCUGACCCAACUACUGUCGAUAUAAACCUUGAUUCAGACCCAACAAACGUCGAAUAAAAGAGAACUCAAUUAUUCCUAUAUUGAUCGUUUAUCGAAUGUUUUAAUGAUAAGAUGUUUCCUAUUAAAAUGUAUUUCAUAAUAAAUAACAACUUUGUAGAACGCAGAUUGGUUAUGUUAUAAUUUACUUACAUAACAAUCACGAUACCAGUAUACCGUGCAGGAACAGAAAUAUAUAUACAAUCUCUUUAGUCUAAAAUAUUUGAAUAAAUUGAAACGCAGCAAAGCAUGUAGAUUUCGAUAAACAUGAGUUAAUUUGUUUUAAAGAAAACUUGAUGUAAUACUUAUACCUAUUACAAGCACUGUUUUAUUUGAAGUUGGAAUACCCCGGUCAUCAAAAAUCUUAUUUUGGUGAUAUUUUCACACAAAACAUUGUUUUGCAUGCUUUGAAUAUAUUUUCGUUAUAUUCUAUGCAAUUAUGAGCAUUUUUAAUGACCUUUUCAAUAAAAAUGUUUCUUUUUUAUAUCAUUUUAAAUGUGUUUUUUAACUAUUUUCAUGCACUCAUGAACGCAGUUUGAUUUUUAGGGAUAAAACAAAAUGCAAACAAGUACACAGUUUUGCGGUAAAAUCAAUGUAGAUAAUGCAAUUAUGAAUAUAAGUGACUAUUCUAUAUUUAAUUUGUAAACGUGUAUAAAUACAACAUGAAGAACUUAAUAUAAAGCAUUGUUAAAAUGCACAGUUAACUUCAAGGUUGACGUCAUAACUUCCCUUAAUAGUGUCUUUGUUUAACAUGUACAUACCUUAGCGGCCAGAACAGAGUUUUCUUCGAGCAUAAAAUAAAUUAUCAGUUUAAUACAGAA